AGAUUAAACUACGAAAACCAAUGAGGCGUGGGUCUCUCUCUCAGAGCGCGUGAGUGUCACUGCUGUGUAAGCGCGCGCAUUGUCUGUGACCAGCAGCCACCAAAACUCCACAGAGCGGAGAGAAGCGGCGACUCAACUCGCCUUUUCCUUGACCAAACACGUUCAGAGUAGAGUUUUUGUAUUUGUAUUACUUAGUCAGGGUGAUAAAAGGUGUGGAACGAUUUGGUCUGUAUUUUUUUAUUAUUAUUAUUCAGUUUUGCGGUUGGGAAUUCAGAAAUGAAAGAAUGCCUGCAGAGAAACCUACAACUCAGGUGCACCGCGGAAACACGCUUGUAAACAGCUAAAGGUAAGAAGUCCCAGUGAAGGUGUACCCGAGCCGCUUUAUGCAGUCUAGUAGCUGUUUCCUUAAAGACUUUCAAUGAAAGGCUGAGCUGGACCUAAGGGACACGCUGGUGAACGGGUAAAUCGAGAUUUACAGAGGGGUGUCACCACUGACCCUGCAGUCACAUCAGUGUACUCCAGAGUGGUUUAGCAGCUGAUGCCAGGUUAUUUCUAUCCCCUCUGUCCAUUGAAACAAGAUAUUAUUCAUUCAAGAGAAAUGGAUGGACCGGCCAAUCCUCACACCUAUUGCUGUAGCCAUUGAGUGGCGGAGGGAAGUCCCACUGAGCAAUUAUCGGGAGCACAACUAUGUGUGUCCCUGAGGAUGUCCUUUCACACCGGUUGAUGGCACCAUGUCUUCUCCCCUCUACAUUGUUCUUGAGCUCCUGAUUGGGGUUUUGGCUGUGGCAGGGAACGUUCUGGUGUGCUGGGCCGUUUGCCUUAACAGUAACCUCCAGAGCAUCACAAACUUCUUUGUGGUGUCGCUGGCUUUGGCGGACAUCGCAGUGGGACUCCUGGCCAUUCCGUUCGCCGUCAUCAUCAGCACGGGCUUCUGCAGCCAGUUUCACGGGUGCCUCUUCAUUGCCUGCUUCGUGCUGGUCCUCACACAGAGCUCCAUCUUCAGUUUGUUGGCCAUUGCCGUGGAUCGUUAUAUCGCCAUCAAGAUCCCAUUGAGGUACAACAGCCUUGUCACAGGCCGAAGAGCCAAAGGCAUCAUUGCGGUAUGCUGGAUACUUUCAGUGGUCAUCGGUUUGACCCCCAUGCUAGGCUGGAACAGGCAUGUCGCCGAGGGCACCAACAGCUCCUGUCCUCAAGGUAUGACGGAGUGCCUGUUCGAGAAGGUGGUCACCAUGGAUUACAUGGUUUACUUCAACUUUUUCGGCUGUGUCUUGCCUCCGCUACUUGCCAUGCUGGCCAUCUAUGCACGGAUCUUCAUGGCUGCCCGUCACCAGCUCAGACAGAUGGAGCAGAAACUAGUACACUUGCAAGGACAUGCCCACAAGGAGGGAUACUCAUCCCGGUCCACACUGCAAAGGGAAGUCCACGCGGCCAAAUCUUUGGCUAUCAUCGUGGGCCUCUUCGCUGUAUGUUGGCUCCCAUUGCAUAUUAUUAACUGCUUCACACUGUUCUGUCCACUGUGUGAUCGACCUCAGGAGUGGGUCAUGUACCUGGCCAUAAUACUUUCACAUGCUAAUUCAGUAGUGAACCCCUUUAUAUACGCCUACCGAAUACGUGAUUUCAGACACACCUUCCGAAGGAUCAUUCGACGCCACUUCCUGUGGCAUGGAAACAGACUGGCCACUGGUAACAGCAAGGGAGGCAUGGCUGCUUCUUCUGCUGCAGUCAGUGUGAUUGAGAAUUCUUGUACAGUGUCCAGUAGCUAUGUAUUGGACGGCAAUCCCAUUCCUGGCAUGGUUUCCUGUGACAAAUUCACAAAGCAAAUGCCACCAAGAACCAGUCCUCAAACGGAAUUCCAAGACUUAGGAUACAGUUUAAAUGGAACUUUGGAACAUUCCUUUCCCACCAAUUCGACAAAGAUUUUCUCAUUACAAACUGGGGAGGAAGUUCCCUCCAUCAGGGACCAUGUAGAAAUCAUGACUGUAAAAGACUGCAGUGCUAUUACUAAUGGACAUGUCAGAUGUCUGGUGCCCAUAAGGACAAGCAACUCAUCUGAUCUUGCAGAAGUGUCAUGACGCACACUUCCACAAGAGAUAUUCCAAAUGAAGCUUGUUUCAUUCUUUAUUACUAGUCUGAAUUAUUGUGCUAGUGAUGGUGACUUCACUUACAUACUAGCAAGGGUCAGGAAAGAUAAAAUUAUGUGAGGACCAUAUAGCUCCUGUGGGAACCCUCACACCACAAAUUCCAGGAAUUUUCAGACCUCAUGAAGAACUUGUUUGCUGACAUUGUUGAGCGUUUCCAAAGCUUAUAUGUUUCCAAAGAGCUUUAUUAAAAGAGCAUUGUUUGCUGGUCAAAGUGGGAGAGGCCUGAUGGAUUUAAUCAAUAUUCUGGGGAAUUCAGCUAAAUCUGUUAUGACCAUGCCAUAAAAGACUUUGAUGUGUGGCAUGUUUUAAAGAAGUUUAAUCUUUCUGUUCUUUUUUUUAGUAGGUGUUUGUCCAAACUGAGAACAUGUACAGUCAAUGCAACUGCCAGAGACUCUGUAAUGUAGGGCUGCAAGAUUUGGGGAAAAAAUCAUAUUGCAAUUUUUCUGAUAAAAUGCUUUGAAAAAAAAAAAAACUCCAGGUUUUUGUUAAAAUAAUAAUAAUAAUAAUAAUUAUUAUUAUUAUUAUUACUACAUAAAAAUAAGAAAUAUUACUUAAAAUAUUUUACUGUUAAUAUAUAUAUAUAUAUAUAUAUAUAUAUAUAUAUAUAUAUAUAUAUAUAUAUAUAUAUAUACAUAUAAAAUGCAUGUUAAUAAGUGACCUAAACUGGAGUUUUUACUAUGAGCCAUGCUGCUGAAAACACUGGAUCAUGAGCUACUUGUGUGUAAAAGUGCCACAAUUCACUCUGAAACUAUACAUGCCGUGUAUAUGUAUUUAUAUUAAUAUAUGUAUUUAAUAAAAUCACAGCCUUUGCAAUCUGAUAAUCGUCAUUGGUAAGCCAUUUUGUUUCAUUUCAAUGAAUCAUGCAGCUCUAUUAAAACAUGACCAAACUGAAUAUUCUACUGAUUGUAAGCAUGUUAUAAUAUUUCAAGAAAUCUACUGAAUAAAAAAAAGCUAUACCGAAUUUUGCCCAAAUAGAAUUUAUGAAUAGUGAUGAAUAAGAUCCAAUGUGCUUGAUUAGAAUCACAUGCGGAUAUCAAUAAUCCAUUAAAUCAAUAUCAAUUCUGUGCAACGUCAAGUUCAGUUCAAUUCAAUUCAGGUUUAUUUGUAUAGCACUUUUUACGAUACAAAUCAUUACAAAGCAACUUUACAGAAAAUUACGUUUCUACAAUAUUUAGUAGUCAAGUGGACUUCUUGUUACUCAAUAAAGUGGACUUUAAUUCUCAUUAUAAUGAUCAAAUUUUACAAGUAUAAACAAUAAUGAGUCACAAAUAGUACAUCAAAAGCCCAAGCAUGUGCAAUUGAUUUAUUUAGUCUACAGCACAACAUAAUGAUUAGGGAUCAUAAAAUUGAGAAUGUAUGACAGUGCUGUUUAAUCUCCUCUUCUGACACGCAUGCAUACGAGUGCAAUCGUGCACUCUUACACAGACCAGCUAUGAUUGUAUUUACAGAGAGACUGCUGACGCCAGCAGCUGGCCUAAUGCAAAGGAAAUCAAAUGAAGAGGCAUUUGAUGAUCCCUUAAACUGGACCAUUACACUUCCUUUUUCCUCAUUAAAAAGCUCUAGAGUGGGAAAAACCUGCACUCUGUACACAGUGCAUGUAUUUGACACAUGGGAGUUGACAUUUCUGUAUGUGUAACUGUCCAUUUAUAGAAGCAGCGAGUCUAGAGUGACCAUUCAUAAAAAUGGAACAAGUGAGCUUGA